CAGCCAAUGAACGAGCUUGCUGGAUUCGAUACGGCCGACCCCACUUUGCCUUGACGCAGUCCAGCAGCACCAGCAGCAGCAUGCAAGCGUACAUGCUCGACACUGCCAGCGCCGCCGUCGCCACGUCCCUCGCGGCCGUCGCGCUAGGUACUGCGGCCUACCUCUCUUCGCGGAAGCGCAAGCACGACGACGUCGUCGAGCGCGGGCUUCCAGCCAUACCAGCCGCCACCACCAGCGACGCACCAGCGCCCAAGGCCAAGCGCGCACGCACGACCAAGGCGCACGAAGGCCUUGCCGCCGAAGCGUCCAUCGUUGACCUUCUCAAACGCCGGGCCCAAGAGACGCCUGAUAAGGUCGUGUACGUCUUCCUCGACGACGCUGGCAAGGAAAGCGUUGUCAUGAACUUUGCUGACGUGGACCGCGCCGCCCGCCGUGUCGCCGCCACUUUGCAGCAAGAUGCUUCGCUCCGGAAGGGCGAUCGCGUCAUGCUCUGCUACCCACCAGGCCUCGACUUUGCCAUGGGCUUUUGGGGUUGCCUCUACGCCGGUGCGAUCGGCAUUCCCGUCUACCCGCCGUACCCGGGCACGCUCGCCAAGGACCUCCCCAAGUUUAACCGCAUGGUCGACGAUUCAGGCGCCAAGGUCAUCUUGACCAACCGCGCGUACUACAUGGCCACCCAGCUCGCGACCGCCAAGAGCUACUUCUCGAGCUCGGUCACAUGGCCCAAGGACAUCCAGUGGUUCUCGACCGACUCGAUCUCGUCGGCGAUGGCUGAUCGCUACACGCCGGUCGAGUGUACCUUUGACGACAUUGCGUUCUUCCAGUACUCGUCCGGCUCGACGUCCGAGCCCAAGGCCGUCAUGAUCUCGCACGGCAACAUCCACGCGCAGCUCAAGACGUGGGCGUCGAUCCGCGAAGACGACACGAUGGUGUCUUGGCUGCCGUCGUACCACGACAUGGGCCUCGUCGGCUUCAUCCUCGUGCCGUGUUCGACUGGUGCUCGGUGUAUCUCAAUGUCGCCGCUGGCGUUCAUCAAGGACCCUGCGCUGUGGAUGCGUACCGUCUCCAAGUACAAGGGCACGCACGUGUGCGCCCCAAACUUUGGCUACGCACUCGUGGCCCGCAAGACGUCCAAGGCCCAAGUCGCCAAGCUCGACCUGCGCUCUCUCAAGCAGUGCAUUUGUGCGGCCGAGCCCAUUCGCAUCGAGUCGCUGGAAUCGUUUACCGACAAGUUCCUGCCCGCGGGCUUCAACCCCAAGACGUUCAACUGCGGCUACGGCCUCGCCGAGGUGACUCUCGUUGUGACGGGCCAAGACCCGUACAAGCUCCAGGACCCGACUGUCCUCGUCCUUAAGAAGAGCGCGCUGGAGCAGAAGAAGACUGCGGUCGUUGCGGCCAAGGGCUACAACGCCAAUGAUACGUGCACGCUUGUCGGCUGUGGUAUUCCCAUGCCGACCUUCCGCGUCAUUGUCGUCGACCCCGAGACGCAUGUGCAGCUCAAGGACAACGCCGUCGGUGAGAUUUGGAUCCAAGGCCCGAGCGUCGCCAAGGGCUACUGGCACCGUGACGAGUACACGAAAGAGCAGUUCCAGGCGACGCUCAAGGACCCCAAGCACAAGCGCGAGUCGGUGGGUAGCUCGGACAAGAGCCACUUUCUCCGCUCUGGCGACGUGACGAUCCUCGACAAGUCGCACUGGUUGCGCUCUGGUGACAUGGGUUUCCUUCGCAACGGCCAGACGUUCAUCACUGGCCGUCUCAAGGAUCUCAUCAUCGUCCGUGGCCGCAACGUCUGCCCCCAAGAUGUUGAGCACACGGCCGAGCUGGCUGACGCCGAGGUUCGCCCUGGCUGUGUCGCUGCCUUUUCGAUCGAGACGUCCAACCAAGAAGAAGCUCUCGUUGUCGUUGCUGAGAUGCGCUCGGACCUCAAGAAGGACCAGGACAAGCUCCGCGCCAUCGCCAACGCCAUUGCGACGUCGGUGCUGUCGGAACACCAGCUCCGUUGCGCCUCGAUCGUCCUCUUGCGUCCUCGCAGUAUCCCCAAGACGACGAGCGGCAAGAUCCAGCGUCGUGGCACCAAGGCCAAGUUUGAAGACAACACGCUCGCCGCCCAGUACAUGCAUAAGGGCGUCAUCGAGAGCCGUCCCAAGCCCGUGGCCGAACCUGAGGUCGCUUCGGAUGAGAACGCAGCUGCAUCGACGCCGGCGGUGAUCAAGACACCGGAAGAGAUUGUGGCGUGGCUGCUUGAGCGCCUCGCCCAGGAAAACAACGAAGGCGAGACGUCGAGCGAAGAUGCCGACAGUCAAGCCUCGCCGACGCCUGCUGCUUCGGACAUCGACCCGGACACACCGUGGGCCUGCCUGGGCAUGGACUCGGUGGCCAUUGUCGGUCUCAGCGCCGAGCUCGGCGAGUUCCUCGGCUGCGUCGUGCCGCCGUCGGCCUUCUUCCAGUUUGAUACGCCGGCCAAGCUCGCCAAUGCCCCGGGUCUCGCCACCGGCGAGCUCGAGACGCAAGAGUCGACGCUCCCCGAAGGCUCGUACGUCGACGAGAACGGCGAGAUCAAGGCCGAGUGCUACGAUUUCGAAUGCUUCCCCGAGGUCCAGCACCUCCGCGGUCAGCUGAGCGAGCUCACGGACGCCGGUCUCGUGCUGCCGUACUUGGACGUGCUCACAGCCGAGAAGAAGAAGCAGCUCAACUUCAACACGUACAACUACCUCGGGUACGCGUCGCACCCCGCGACGGCGCAGGCCUCCAAGGACGCCAUCGAUACGUACGGCACGGGCAUGAGCUCGUCGCCGAUCGUGGGCCAAAACAUCAUCAACACGCAGCUCGAGGCCGCCUUGUGCAAGCACUUUGACGCCGAGGCGUCCGUGCUGUUUGUGGGCGGCUGGGUCACCAACGUGACGACGAUCGCGGCGCUUGUCGGCAAGGGCGACCUCAUUCUGUGCGACAUCCUCAACCACAACAGCUGCGUGAACGGCCAGCGCCUCAGUGGCGCGACGAUCCUGGCGUUCCCGCACAAUGACGUGGCCGCCGCCGAGCGCAUCCUCAAGUCGGUCCGGCACAAGUACCGGCGCGUGCUGAUCGUGAUCGAGGGCGUGUACUCGAUGGACGGCGACGUGCCGAAUCUGCCGGCGUUUGUCGCGCUCAAGAAGCAGCACAAGGCCAUUCUGUUUGUGGACGAAGCGCACUCGUUCGGCACGAUGGGCCAGACGGGCAAGGGCAUGUGCGAGUACUUUGACGUGCCGACCACCGACGUCGACGUGCGCAUGGGCACGAUGAGCAAGUCGCUCGGGUCUGUGGGCGGCUUUAUCCUCGCCACCAAGACCGUGGUCGACUACCUCAAGUACUCUGCGGGCGGCUUUGUCUACUCGGUGGGCCUCGGUCCGGCCAACGCCGGCGCGGCGCUCAAGGCCGUCCAGCUCAUGGGCGACGAGCCGCAGCGGUCGGUGCGUCUCCAGGAACUCAGCGCUUUCUUUUACGACGCGUGCGUGGCGGCCAAGCUCGACGUGGGCACGAACGUCCGUGGCGCGUGCGUGGUGGUCGUGUACAUUGGCGGGACGGUCGAGACGGUGCGUCUCUCGAUGCGGCUGAGCGACGAAGAGAAGAUCAACGUCAAGCCGAUCGUGCACCCGGCCGUCGAGGAGGGCAAGUGCCGACUGCGCUUCUUCAUCUCGUACUUGCACACCGAAGCCGACCUCAGUCGCACCGUGCAGGCGCUGGUCCGCAUCAUGGACAGUCUGCGCAACCCGGACGCGAUCGUCGAGGCGGUGACCGAGGCGCCUACGGUAGUGGUUGAUGCUGCUGUGCCCGUGGUCGAGCCUGUCGUCGACAACCAGAUCGACACCGUCGCUUCAGUGGAAGAACCGCAACAUGCAGACGCUGUGAUCGAAAAGGUGGGCGACGUCGCGGCAGCGGUCGCUGAAGCAGCGCCCGUGGAGCCCGAGGUCCAAGCGACGGCCGAGGUACCGGCGCUUGCCGGCGCUGUCGUUCCAGACGCGCCCACGGUCGUCGACGAAGCACCCAAGACGAGCGUCGCCGACGUUCCCGGGACCAUCGUAGCCGAGCCCGUUGUCGACGUGGACGCGUCAGUGCAGCAUGCCGCCGAGACAUUGGACGCCGAGCCCCAGCCCAAGGCGAAGAAGGUGACCAAGAAGAAGACUGCCAAGAAGGCCAACGGCGUCGCAAAUUAAGCAGCUCAACGUCAUAAGUGCACAAAUCAACGCUCAUUUUUGUAUAAUUGUUGCGAAUGUUGAAUUAUACCAAUUUAUCCAUCAACAUGAUAUAGGUUUGUGG